GCUGCCAUUUGACUGUGUUCUAUGAUUACUGAUUACGUGAGAACAGUUAUCUCAUCCGCUUGUACGGCUGGUCAGCUCGUUUCAUGUGACGACCACCAGCGCUUGCGUGUGGCGAGCGAAGCAGCUCGGAAAAAAACGCGAGCGCUAGUUUAUCCACUGAAGCGUAAACAAAACAAACAGCUACUGCCGUGUUGUGCUCUUUAAAACUUGGCCGGUUGGAUCUCAUUCAUUUGCGAGUGUCAUGCGAGCGUUGGCAACGAGUUAAGCGAUGGACCUCAAGACAAUUCUGAGACAAACUGUCGGCGUCCGACAGAGUCAUGUAAGAACUGUCGGAGCCGAUAAAGCGACUUGCCUUGUGCACCAGGAAUGGCUGAGCCUUCUGGUGAAGGAGAAGACGGUGCCGCGCUCUUUCGUGCACCGGGACGACCUGACCGACGUAGAAUGCGAGAUUCUGGUGCACGAGACUCCUCCAGCCAUGGCCAAGGACUUUGCCUUCAUCACCGUAAUCAGAAUUGUCAAGAUGGACAACAGAUAUGUGUCUCUCCGCUUGAAAGAGCCCUGGAGUCGGUCACAUGACAUGGGUUACUUGGAGCUCAUUCGCUACGUCUCGGAGACCAACUAUCGCAACAUCUGGAAGGAGGCGAACAGUUCCAGCUCCAAGACAGCCGACAAGGAGAACGAGAACUUUGUCAAGCUCAAACCAUUCAAGGAUUACAACAGUGCCGUUCGGGAGAUCAUCAGCCGUCUCUACGCCUGUCCAAUCAUACGUGUGGGAGCGGGGGAGCAAGAUGAAAAUCCGGAAGGGGCAGAGCCAGCUCCAUUGCACCCGCAUCUCGUUCCUGCCUACUGUGCGCUCGAGACAGCAUCCGAGUUCCUCCUGUUCUUGGAGUUCCGGCAACACACCGUCGAGCACUGUGGCAUGUUCAGUGCAUCUGCGCUCAUCGGCUCGAGACUGCUUUUUGUGGUGUACCAGCUGCUGCGAGUCUUGCGCUAUAUCCACGAUCUGGGCCUGCCGCUUGGACCACUGACGCUUGCUGACCUGAGUCUGGACCACCGCUUUUGGCUGCAAGCGACGCCGCCCUGGUGGCUGGCGUUGCAAGCCGACUCGUGGGUGGAGUCGUCACUGACCGGCCAGCUGCCCAUCAUGAGGAGCUCGGGCUCUCGCCGGGUGUCUCGCAUUACACCCUCCGCGUGCGUACAGGAAGAAGAGAAGAUUGAGCCCCUUCCGUCACUCAACAAGCUCGUCGACAUGUGGGUCCGGGGCAAGCUUAGCAACUUUGACUACCUCAUGGCACUCAACCAGUUGUGCGGCCGGACGGGCGUGAAUCCCCAGCACCACCCUGUGCUGCCCUGGGUGCGAGACCUUUCGCAACCCGAGGGCGGCUGGCGGGAUUUGAGCAAGUCCAAGCUGCGGCUAACCAGGGGCGAUGACCAUCUGGACGCGACCUACGGUUCGGCAAUGCACUCGCAGUCGGCCCAGCCCCAGGGAUACCUGCCCAUAGACCGAGUGGUUCAGGUGCCGCAUCAUCUGUCUGAGCUUCUUGCGGACAUCACGUACUACGUUUACUUUGCAAGGCGUCUGCCGCGUAGCAUCCUCUGCAAGCACGUCCGGCACAAGUGGGUUCCUGCCGAGUAUCCAGCGUCCAUACAACGGCUACAGGCAUGGACAGUGGACGAGUGCAUCCCCGAGUUCUUCACUGAUCCUUCCAUCUUCGAGUCCAUCCACGAAGACCUGGAAGACCUUGGAGUGCCCAACUGGUGCUCGAGUCCCGAAGACUUCGUACGGAAGCACAUGGCCAUGCUUGAGAGCGAGCGCGUCUCCGAGCAUCUUCAUCACUGGAUUGACAUCACGUUCGGCUACAAGCUGACGGGACAGGCGGCCAUCAAAAGCAAAAACGUGUGCCGGCCCCUGGUGGACGGCCACACGACGCUGCACAGCUGCGGCAUGGUGCAGCUCUUCACAACGCCGCACCCGCACCGGGCAGCGUCCAGCCUGUACCUGUCACGCUGCUCGGCACCCAAGACAUUCCGCUUCCAGCACAGCAGCACUGCCUCUGCACUGGGGUCGCCCCAGACACGGCCAUUGUCAAGUUCGGUGUCGUCCCGACGGAAAAGCCGGCAGGACACCGUCGACAAGGAGCUCAGUCUUAUUCGAAUUUCCCCGAGUUUGAAGCGCACUUGGACAACAACUAGCAUCAUCCAGUGGCCAGAUACCAAGGAAGGAGGCGAUGACGAGGCUGCACCCGAAACAGGCCAGGGCAAACGGAAGCCAUCAACACUUGUCAAGUCGAGGUCAGUCGGUCAGCAGUUGGCUUCGGCCAUGAGCAGCUCCGUUCCGGCCGAGACGCAGGUCAUCGUCCUCCCCAAGGACUACUCGCCGCUGUCCAAGCUGCAGCAGCUGGAGUCCCUGUGCAACUUCUGUCUGCACCACCCGCCUCACAGCCUGCCUCCCUCCAUCACUCUCGCCUCGGACACUCAGCCAUGUGAUGAUGAACAAGACGGAAGCUUUCCUCGACGUCGCAGCCAGACCUCGCAUGCCGCUGACAUGUACCUGCUGGGCUGCCUCCUCGUUGAGAUGUCGAUUUUCUCGCCGACUUCACCACAUUCCUCGAGAGACCUUGCCGAGCGUUAUCUGCACGCUUUGCAGGUGCUGAAGAUUCAGCCCUCAAGGCUACCCAGGUCUCUCCACAAUGCCGUCCAAGUUCUGCUCCAGACGGAGAAACCGGUUGCCAUUCCGGCGGUCAAGGGAAAGGAAACAGCAAGCAACCGCGUCGAGUGGCGUUACCCCUGUGUCUGCGACGGUGGACUGCCCCCACCGUCCGCUCACCAGCUACUUCAGCCGCUGCUUUCGACUGUCCCAUUUCCGACUUAUUAUCCGGCUCUCUACGGCUUCCUCACCAAGUUGGAUGCCCAGCCGACAGCGCCCGAGAAGGUGUACUUCGUGGCGCGUGAGCUACCCCCAUUGCUCACUCAGCUGAGCCAGGUCGACCUUGACCUCGUCAUGAACCACCUGAGCGACCUCUUCUCGAGUCCCGACUCCUCCCUGCUGGCUGUGUGGCAGCUGUUUGACCUGGUGGGGCUCGCGCUGGGGCCCAAGGUGCUGGCCGAACGCCUCCUGACCGUGCUCAUCAACCUCCUAUCGGCCGACCAGCCGACUGUGCGGCACUUCCGCCUUUUCCACCGCUCGUUCUUGCUCAAGCUGCAGGUGCGUCUUGGAAUGCGAACCUUCCUGCACUGCUUCGUCACGCUACUGGUCGAAGCUGUGGGUGGUUACCGUGACAACAGCGUAGCCCAGAUAGUAGAUCCCGAGAAUCCAAGCGCAGCCGUUCGAAAAGGAUCUCACCUGGACAACGCGGAACUCGACCCGCUCCGCCAGUCCGGUGCAGCCGCAUCACGAGAGGCAUCGCCUAUGCGGGCCGGCCAUCGAAGUUCCUCUUCCGAGCGGGACAUGCCGUCUGCGUCACCAGAGCCAGCUACGUUUGGCGAGCCGGAGAUGUUUGAGCUCGAUCAAGACCAGGAACUGGAGCAGUCCGCUUCGUACUCGUACGAAAGAAAGGACGUUGCAACGUUUCCGGAAAUUAGAACCUGGCCACCUUCGGCUGAUAAGGAAGAGCAGCCCAAUGCGAACCGUCCCGACAGGCUGGAAUCCGAAGGGCCUGACCCAUCACCACAGAUGUCAUCGAUUCCUGUUAUACCAGUUACUGAGACGUAUGAGGUGACUCCCCCGGAAGCGACCGACAGCGGUGGCUGCAGCCUGAGCGACAUAGCCUCUGAGAGCGUCGUGUGGCUCGCGCAUCGGCUGGGCCCCGUCCUGACAGCCAAGCACCUCAGCCGGAACCUGCUGCGGAUGCUGACACUGUGCUACAUGGGACCCCAGCAGCUGAGCCCGGCCAAGGGACCACUGCUCGAGGGUGAUGUGAGCCUUUUCGAACAAGGUGUGGUUGGGGACCAGACUGCCGCAAAGGUUCUUGAGACACUGUCCAACUUGGCGAUGCUUUACGGGGAGAGCUUCAUCACACGCCAGUACCUACCUCACGCUGUUGAGCUGUUGUGCAUGUGCAAGAGACACCUGACCGAUAAUCUUGAAGCCGGUCUCAUCGGAGCCGUCACGAUGGUCAAGCACGUUCUCCCAUUCCUGUCCGACACGACACUCAUGAGUCAACUUCAGGAAGUGGUGCUGAAGAACAUCCUGUACCCGCUGGUGCAACUGGCCUCGUCGCUCCAGCACUGCUUCCCACGAGGCGUCGUCAGCCGCCAGGUCCUGACGCGCAAGAUAGCCGACACUCUAUACCUCGUCGGCCUGCGCAUCGGCUUCCAGAUGUCCAGGCGGCACCUGUCGGUGCUCCUGCGCCGCUUCUUCGCGUCCUUCAACCGCGCCUUCCCACCAGCGGGUGGGGUGUCGGCCGUGCAGAGCCUGACACAGGCCCCUGCGCCUAGCGACAAAGAAGAGCUGCUGUGCCGAUCGGUUGAGGAUUAUCUCCCCAUCAAGCGGGAGGCCGGUAGCCAGGAAUUGAAGAUCGGCACGCCAGUCAAGUUGUCUUCCGUGCUCCGGUUCCGGGGUUCGCCGCCCUACCCCCUCACUCCUCCCCAUGAUGAACGAGAAGGAGAUGAACGCAACAUACCCGAACGCGCCCUCGAAGAAGUCAAGCAGGUGUUCACUGCGGAGCUGGCUUUCAUGACCUACAUUCCACUGUGCAAGCUUGCUGGCGGUAUUUACAUGGAGCAAACACUCACCAACCACGAGCUGAUCCUUGAGCUAUGUGCCGCUCACGACUCGGCUCUAGCCAUGAGUGAAUCCGGAGCCGAUGCUGCAAGCGGUCCCCGAAAGUUUAGGAAGGGCCACUACCGAAUGCCUUCUGCAGGUCAAGACGAAGCCAUUGUGAGUGGAGAGUUUGGCAAAAACGUGGCCAUGGUUGGAAACCGAAUCGAUGUCCAGCUCGGUGAGGAAAGCCACCUGGUGACAGCUGGUGAGCUUCCGGAUGCGGCACCAAAAUACGACAUCAACCUGCUCAUGAGAAAGAUGACCAACGGUCAGCGCCACUUGAAGGGCAGCUGGCUGGCCUACUGGGAGCACGAGAUUGGCGUCAGUCUCGUCAAGGACAGCCACUUCGACUUCAAGCAGAUCCGGCUGCAGACGUUUGCCGGCCACACGGGCAGCGUGCGGUCACUCGAGGUGCUCGAAAACGAGAACUCUUUCCUCUCGGGCAGUCGAGACCGCACUGUGAAGCUGUGGUCACUGCGCAGCUGCGGCGAUGGCUCGACGGUCGUAGCACCCCAGUGGACUUACCCGCACCACCGCAAGUCGAUUGCCUCGAUCGCCUUCCUGCCCUCGCUCAGGCUGGUGGGAUCCAGCGACCAUGGUGUGCAUAUCUGGGAUCCCUUUAUGGGGUCGUGCUUGAAGCAGUUCGACACCAGCAAGACGCAGCCGGUCACGGUGUUGCUCGCGAUGCCGUCUCCAAGCACAACAUUCCUCGCUGCCACAUCAAACUCUACUGUUCGUUUCCUGGAUGCCCGUGCCAUGCGCUACACGCACGAGCUGCGGGUGUCCUUAGGCUCUGCUGGUGUCAUCCGGUCUCUGGCGGUCAGCCCCAGUGGGAACUGGCUGGCGGUGGGCCACAGCUCCGGCGUGCUAUCGGUUCUGGACGUCAGGACAGGUUUCAUGCUGGGCUCGUGGGUGGCCCACGACGGUGAAAUCCUACAGACCAAGGCCUUUAAUGAUGCAUAUUUCAUUUCAUCAUCGUUGGACCACUCCAUUUCAGUCUGGAAUGCUGUGGACACAAAGCUGCACUACAACUUGAAGGGAGCAACGGAGCCUGUAACUUGCCUAGGCAUUCACAAUGCCGGCGUUGUGUCCGGGACCACUGCCAAUAAGAUCAAUGUACACACAACCAUUGACGAAAAGGCUGCCUUCACAAGCACCAAACUUCGGUCAGAAACAUUCCGCGGCGUCAUCGCUUCUAUGGCCGUCUUGCCUCUAAAUCGCCUGCUCUUGCUGGGAGCUGAUAAUGGCACCAUCUCCCUGCUGUGCUGAUGCAAGUCUCCACUGGCUUCAUUUUAGCACACGGGACUGCCAUUCUGUGCCCAUCAUUCACUAGCUGUGCAAACCAUCAAAGAAGUGGGCAUUCUUGCAUUUUCCACGAGAGAGAUGUUCGGGCCCACCUUGAAACUGCUUGAAGGAUGACAAUGUGCCUCUGUGGUGAAGAUGUGCGCAGCCUGCCAUAUUUUUACAAUGCCUGCCCAUAUAUCCACUCUGCAUUGGGAGCCAGCGGUCCACUGUGCCAGCGUCACACUCCCACGCAUUUUACGCCUGUUGCUAGGGCGUGAACGUCUUUCGAUGUGAACUGGUGCUGUUCUGUGCUCGCUCCUUUGCGACAUGCGAUGAAAGUUGACAUGACUGUAACAGCACCAACAUGAAAUGACUGAACAUACUGGGAAUGUAGUGACCUCUAGGGCCCGAUUCAUGUAGCCGUAAAAUGCUUCGUCAAGUCACUGUCACUGUAUCGGCGUUCGUCAUGGGAGACUGUUUUCUCAACGCUUUCCUUUUCGAAAUAGGAAGCCUGUAAGGUUAGCAGCAUUAAUUAACGUCACAAGUGCAAGGAGAAAUCGACAUUUGCAAGGAGAACGGACAAUCAAAUGCCAUCUAAUGACAGAUGCCAAUGCCAUGACGGUGACAUGAAGUUGUUUUCAAUGGCUGCGUAGAUUAGGCCUAAGUGACUCCCUAGUUCUCAUGCCCUAGUUAUAGCAUAGGCACUUGAAGUAUACGACUGACUUCGGUGUACAUUGCUGGUGCCGAAGUUGUGUUCUGUCCCGAUUACCUUACGUGGUAAUUGGCUGUCGCCAGGUUUUGUAAAUGCAAAUCUUGACGACAGCGAUGGUAACAGUUCCAUUUUCUGCAUAUUUUCUAUUGCCUGGUGGUGUAUUUACAUUUUCAUUAUGAGUGGUGUACGUAGUUGUCAUUUGUGAUAGUCCGCUAAGUUUUCCGGUGAAUCGGAACCGCGCAAAAACCAUCCGUCUUGGUCAACUGUUUUGGAAUGUAGAGCCAUGGUGCGUACUUCAUUGUGAAGUUGACAAUUGGCGCCAUUGGCUCGGCAUCCUAAACAGCGUAUUAGUACUUUGUUGGUGAUAAUGUACUACGUUUAUAACUUACUUUCUUGGUAAGGUUGUAUUGAUGCAUUGUAAAUAGCUGUGAUCCCAUGAAAAUCUAGCCAUUGUUUCUAGAUUGGUUAGUGGUUUGGUGCUUCACAGUACUUAUAGCAUGAUUGUGCAUGAACUUUAGCGAAAUGUUGUGAUUACACGAUUCCUACAUCUUUUUUUUCUAGUUCAGUAGAGUUUAAACUACCGAUUCCACGUUUCUCGGGUAGCUUACGGAGCGUAGAUUGUCGCAUUUCUUAUUGUGCGAAAAUUCAUUCCUUUUGAGGGCAUUCUUUUAUACUGCAGAGCUUAUACCAGAUUUAUUUCGUCAUUUUUAUGCAUGACACUUUUUUGUUUGAGAGACCAUGUGACUUGCGAUAUCAUUUCUAAAAUUUGUAAUUUAUUAGCCUGGUUGUCAGCUCCAUGAGCCUUUAUCACUAUGUAUUUUCGGGUUCUCGCCGAUGAAACUUCAGGCAAUCAUUUGCACCAAAGAUAUGCAGUAAUUUAUUUUUCUCAUGUUUCUUCCUGUCUUUCAAUUUAAGCUUGGUGAUACCUAAAGAGAUGUGAUCAAUUUCUUUACUAUAUUUUGAGCUUACUUGAAAUAAAGUGUACAUACAUUGAA